CUGAUUUCCCUACACUGGAAAUGAAAAAGGAGCAUAUUAAAAUUUCAAAAUCCUGCUGGCCGUUUUGCUGUACCACGUGCGGGGAACGCUUUGUUUCUGGGGAGAGGAGACAGGCGCAUCUCACCGAGGUGCAUGGGCAAACAAGAAGCCACGGAACCGGUCAGUAGCAUACAGAAGGCGAAACGCAAUGCGGAACUUGUGUUGCAAUACUCAACUGUGUAUCCCUUCAGAGUGCGCGGCAAAGAUAUGCUCUGCGUCUACUGUCACGAAGAGUUCACGGAUCCGGGUGUUUAUCGGAACCAUAUGGACGAGUAUCACAAAACGUUCACAGUUUCCACCGCAUUUGCACAUUGCGGGGGUGGGAAAGAAUAUUUGAAAGUAGAUCUAUCAAACCUCAAAUGUAGACUAUGUUCCACUCCAUGUCUUAAUUUAGAGGAGAUUGCCACACAUAUUCGUGACACACACGGAGUUUCCCAAAUCAAUACAGAUAGCGAAAUCAGAAUGCAUCCAUACCGUUUGAAUAACGAGAAAUGGGCCUGUGCUCUGUGCGAUAAGAAAUUUGCAUCGCUCAUAAAACUGUGCAGACAUACCACCUCCCACUAUCAGAAGUUCACGUGCGACGUCUGCGGACGCAUGUAUUUGACGAAUGAGGCGUUGAAGUACCAUAAUCGGUGUAGUCAUGCCGGAAGUAAUGUGUGCAGAAAGUGCUGGACCGACUUCCCGACAUUGGAAAUGAAGAGAGAACAUAUUAAAGUAUCUAAAUCCUGCUGGCCGUUCUGUUGUGUCACGUGCGGGGAACGAUUUGUUUCUUGGGAGAAGAGGCAGGACCAUCUCUCAGAGGUGCACGGGCGCGAAAAACGGGUGUACGGUUGUCCAGACUGCGAUCAAACUUUCAACUGCAGGAAACCUUUCUACAAUCACUACACCCUGAUGCACAGCGACAAUAGCUACAAAUGCCCGUGUUGUGAACUCAAGUUCAGUACGAGGAAACAAAUGGAGGAACACAGAUAUGGCCACACGGGAGAGAAACCUUUUCAAUGCAACGUAUGCUUGAAAACGUUUUCCAGAAGGAAAAAUUUGCAACAGCACAUGUGGAUCCAUAGUGAAAUGAAACGUUUUGUUUGUAUCGUUUGCGAGAAGCAGUUCGCUCAAAAAGUCAGCCUCACCGGCCACUUGAAAUCCCAUCAUCCAGAGAUAACAUUUAAAAAUUGAAACACGAUUUUAACUUUAUUAUUCUUAGUUGUUGGCUUGCGUUAUUUUAAAUAAAUGUUGAAAAAGAUUCCGAGAGCGUUUUACUCGUUAAUUGAAAUGCCCUGAAUGGUAUUUGUAACUUGUAGGCUGGUGCAUAUUGGUUUUGAAAUUGACCAAUUUCUUUUUUG